UUUCCUUUCGUCAGGGGGUGUCACCUCAUCUACCAUAUAUAUAGUUUGUUUUUCUUUAAUAGCAUCAUUACUUCUGUAACCUCAGAGCACCUUCCACAAUACAUAUCCUCAUCUCAACAUCUGCUGCAAUGGGAGGAUCACCAUCAAGCGAACCGUCGGAACCAGAGCCAGAACCAGAGCCAUUUCUCCCUAAUCCAUGGCGUGAAGUUGAAUUCAGUGAUGAUGCUUACAUGAAGCUUCAAGAAGAAAUAAAAAACCACCAACCACACCCUAAGGCUUCCACAACAAAUAUUCUUAUUUUGGGCAAUGUGGGUUCCGGAAAGUCAAGCUUUCUAAAUUCUGUGUGCUCAGAACUCAGGAGAGAAGAACUCAACGGCAGAGUGCAAAACAUUCAAGCCGUGAGACCAGGUGCACAAACAAGCGUCACACAACAUCUAAGAAGCCACACCAUGGAGCCAUUCAAUGACAAGAUCAAAAUCUUUGAUACAGCAGGAUUUGAAUUAGGGAAAACAGUAAAUGCCUCGAUAAUAUUAAAGAAGAUCAUAGAUGGUGAAGUGGCUGAAGGCUCAAAGUUUGACGAUAUUCUGAAAUCAAAAAUGGAAGGAGACAAAAUCCACUGUGUUGUGUUGGUUAUAUCAAUUUAUAACGCUGAAAAUCUGGACCCAGCCUUGAUUCAGUUUUAUGAACAAGUCAUUGGAAUGCUCACAGAGACUGGAGUACCAUGCCAGCUGCUUGUUACAUUCAUUGAUAAACUUGUUGAGAAGACUGAGGAUUUGAAAGAUCUGUACAGGAGAAGAGAUAUAAAACAAAAGAUUGAAAUGUUAGCAAAGAAGAUGAGAUUUUCAAUGAGCAACGUCCUUGUGGUUUCAAACUACUUCGAGGAAAUGAAAAUUAACCAAAUAAAAGGAACUCUGCUGUUGGAGGCAGUUGCUCAAAUGCUGACGGCUGCAAAACCCUUUCAAGAGAGAAUGUAGAGUAUCACCUGUCACACCUGAAGCACACUGAGUCCAUUCACAACUUUAAUUGAUUUCUAAUUGGAGAAUGGCCACUUUGUGAAUAAGAGAAGCCAAUUCCUUUGUUUGGAGAGAGACUGGGAGCAGCAGUAGGCUGUGGUCCCAGAUUACAAAAAGUAACACCCAAACAGCGCUAUCACAGUGUUACUAUUUGUAUUUAUUAAUUUUAUUCAGCUCAUACUCUACUUGUAUAUUCUUUGUUAUAUAUAUAUAUAUAUAUAUAUAUAAAUUUAGAAUCGUCCAUUUUUCACUAUUUUUUAUACCCAAUUUGGAAUUGGCACUUCUUAUUAUUCAACCCCUACACUGACUUGGGAGCGAUGAAGACAGGCAGCAGGGGUAUAGCCCGUAUUCAAACCAGGUUAUAGGGCACUACUGCCUUCAGCAUUGCAUGAACAGAGAAAAACUGUCAAUAAGCGGCUUUGAAUUAUUCAGCAUUUAAUACACUGUUAAUCUAUCAUUUUAUGAAAAAAAUGUUUAAAAAUACUCUACUUGAGUACUCUCGUUUAAAUCUAGUUCUAACAUCAAUUAAUGAUCUUAGAAUUAAUCAGCAAUAACCUCUGCAUUAUAUUUUGGAAGUUCCUUUAACCGUUUCCUUAUUAAUAAGAGCUGAAACUUACAGCUUACAGAUACUCUGCAAUAAUGUACAAGACUGGGGAAUAUGAAGAAUGUAAAUCACAGGUGAACAUGAGUCUUAGUUUUCAUAACAUCAUAAAUGAAAUGUGAAUGAUGUUUUUUAAAUAAAUAAAUAAAAUAUGCCUUUGUUUCCUAUUUACGCAGCACUCAUGUUUGCUGUUGCUAUUGUAUUGGUCAGUCUGUCUAAUAAGGGGGCUCAUUCAAACACCUUUCAAAUGUAUUAACUUCAGGAUGUCCACAUUACUAACCACUGUAUUUGAAAAUCCCAUCUCAUACAUUUCCCAUGUACUGUAAUAUAGUUUCCCAUAAUCCAUUUUAUUUUUAAUAAUAAUAAUCCUUGUUUUAAAUCAGUUUGAUAUUGACAUGUUUGUGUCUCUCUAUACUAUGUUGGUUCCUUAUCUGUAUUAUGCAUUGCAGUUACAGGGUGGAAGAAUAAAGAGCUUGAUUG